AUGGCGGCGCCCGUGUCGCCCUUGGUUACCGCAGCCAGACACGCCGCCCGCCUGCUGCCGGCUCGGGCCGCGGCCCGGCGGAGAGCAUACACGAUUCAGGCAGCUGAGAACAUAGCCCCUAAUACUCUAGCAGAUGCUAACUCUAGGGCCUUGUUGGUUUGCAAUGGACCUUUAGAACACUAUGACUUUCUGAUCAAAGCAGAAGAGCUGCAGAAUGAUGAACAACAACGAAGAGUCGUACAAUGCUUACAGAAGUUACAUGAGAGCCUUAAAGGCUACAGUAUCAGUCCGAACAACCUUCUGUCAAAGCUCUUUGCAAAAAGCAAACCUCCGAAAGGUCUUUACAUCUAUGGAGAUGUUGGCACAGGAAAGACAAUGGUGAUGGACAUGUUUUAUUCUUAUAUAGAAGUAGAGAGGAAAAAGAGAGUCCAUUUUCAUGGUUUCAUGCUAGAUGUACACAAAAGAAUACAUCGUCUUAAACUGAGCUUGCCUAAAAGAAAGCCAGGACUAAUGGCCAAGUCAUAUGAUCCAAUAGCCCCUAUAGCCGAGGAAAUAAGUGAGGGGGCCUGUCUCUUGUGUUUUGAUGAAUUUCAGGUCACUGACAUUGCUGAUGCCAUGAUUCUGAAACAGCUUUUUGAAAAUCUGUUCCAAAACGGGGUUGUCGUUGUGGCAACAUCUAAUAGGCCACCUGAAGACCUCUAUAAAAAUGGGCUUCAGAGAGUUAACUUUGUACCAUUCAUCGCUGUGCUGAAGAAAUACUGCAGCACAAUGCAACUUGAUUCUGGAAUAGAUUAUAGGAAACGGGUUCUUCCUGCGGCAGGGAAACUUUACUACCUCACAAGUGAAGCUGAUGUGGAGGCUGUCAUGGAUAAGUUGUUUGAUGAGCUGGCUCAGAAACAAAAUGAUUUAACUAGACCAAGGAUUCUAAAAGUGCAAGGCAGAGAGCUGAAGCUGAAUAAAGCUUGUGGAACCAUUGCAGACUUCACAUUUGAAGAGCUAUGUGACAGACCAAUUGGAGCUAGUGACUAUUUGGAAAUAUGUAAGAAUUUUGACACAGUCUUUGUUCGUAACAUACCACUACUUACCAUAGCAAAAAGGACCCAAGCUCGCCGCUUCAUUACUCUUAUUGAUACGUUUUAUGAUCAUAAGGUACGUAUUAUUUGUUCUGCAUUGACACCUCUCCAAAGCUUGUUUCCGCUAGAACAUCAUGACAGUGGCCUGGAGGAAAGCAGAAUACUGAUGGAUGAUUUGGGGUUGAGCCAGGAUUCAGCUGGAGGACUUUCCAUGUUUACAGGAGAGGAGGAAAUCUUUGCAUUUCAACGAACUAUCUCACGACUUACAGAAAUGCAGACUGAACAGUAUUGGAAAGAUGGGGACAGAAGCAAGAAAUAGUCAUUUGUUCAAAGAUGAACAAAACCUCUCAGGACACAAAAAUAGUAUAUAAAGAAAAAAGAUUCUAAUAGAAUUGGAAGCAUUUCUAAUAUAAAUGAAUUGAUUAUUAUUGCACUUAUCCUCUGGACCAUAACUUUUCAUCUGCAAUGUUUACGUUUAAAAUUUAAGAGCUUAGUAAGUUGUGGUUUUUGUUUUGGUUUAGGUUUCUUUGACACUCCCAGCUUGUGGAUCUGUUAUUAUGCCUUUUAUAUUUCAGUUUUUUUCUCCAGUACAGCAUGACUUCAGUAUUCAACAUGGUUAACUGGGUCAAGAUCCCUCUUAGGCUGCAGCACAAGUCAACCAUAUAGGCAGGGGUCACAGUAAAAUGGGGAUGCACACCUUAGUUGUUUAUGCAGUAUUUUUGUCAUAUUUAUGAUAGCUUGCACAAAAGAAAGAUCAAAGCCACACAAAUCAAAUUUACUUGUAUUUUAUACUCUGCUCCCUCUAGAGUCAGUCUGUAAGAUUCUAGAACUCCUGUGUCCUAUCUUUUUAUUUUCCUAACUCUUACUUGUAGCCAUCUGCUGAACUUCAAAUUUCCUCUCUUCUACUGAAAGGCUACGCAUCACUCUCUGAUAGUUUCCUGAGGGUACAUAUUGUCUGCUGUCAUUCUAAUGAGGCUGCUGCUCUAUCUUACAGCCUGAAAGCCAACGGCCUGAUCCUGGGGACAGGAUGAGCCUUAGCAGGAGGUGAGGGUGCUUGUCACCUUAGAGGGGCGAGGUCCACGUAAAGAAGGGUGAUUAAAAAAAAAAGAAACUAUGCAAGGGAGAGAGUAAAAUGUAAUAGAAAAGUGGAAACUACUACUUUUUGAAGACUUUCCAUCAAAGCACAAGAAAGAAGAGUCCAUCUCU